AUGACCUUCGCCGCCCCGAAUCUGUGUUCCGGCGGAAUGCCUAAUCUGGCCUCACCCUCACGCAGUCUUUCUCUCCGGCUGCAGGCGCAGUCGCAGUCGCAGCGUCCAUCCAGAUGCAGCGCUGGCCGCUCAUUCACAUUCACGCCGCGCCAACCUCUCGCCCACCCACGUCAUGGUAUUCUCCAUGAACCCUGGCUAUCUCCAUCUCCAGCUCCAGCCUCGGCGACACCUCUCCCGGUAGCAUACUUUUCCCCAACAUGGGUGCGCACCGGGAUCGACGGACUAGACGGGCCGCAAAAUAACAACCACAAACCGCCAGACAAGCGGGUAUUGAAGCUCGGCAAAACUCUCCGAACACUCUCACCUCUCCUUCCUACAAUCUUGUACAAUACCCUCCCACCCGAAAUCAUCGCCCCCAACGUCAACCUCCACCUAUUCCCCUCAACACACCCACACCUCCCCACCGUCAAGGGCCGCACAUUAUACCGCGCAGCACUGUGGACAGUACCAGUCGCCUGGAGCAGCGUCCCACUCGUCGGCAAUGUAAAGCUACAAAUCCUCAGCGAGCGAAUAGUCCGUGCGGGGACCCUUCUUGAUCCAGAGCACGGCGAUAAGCACGACUGCGGCGAUGAACGAUUAGUCGUGCGAUGGAAAACAGAGCCUCGAACUGAUAGUAGGCCAUUCCAUGAAUCACAUACUACACCCAGCACGGCCAAUACCAAUACCAAUGGUGUCUCCACUCCUACCUCCACCUCUGCCUCGGGCGCAUCGCAAAGUCAAAGUCACCUCUCAUCUUCAGCAAACGGAACAAACAGAGGUCUAAGCAAACUCCUCGGCGGCGAUGAACCAAUCUUCAAAUUAUCCAAAGAGCAACAGUUCAGCGGACUCUUUGUUUCUCCUUCGAUGAUGAAGGCCGUGUCUUGA